GGAAUGAGGAAGGUCGGCAUGAGGUGUCCCUGGAGCCGCAGUGGGAACGCCAACUAGAUGAAGUAAGGCGCGCUGUCCACUACGUGUCCAAACGUUUUUCUCGUGACAUAUAGCAGCCUGUCCUAAAAGCAUCUUCACUAGCACUUGAACUUUGCCCCACCCUUUCCUAGACCUUCUUUUGCCCCGCGUGGGCACCCUUUGGCUCUAGGCCAUCUUUUCUUACAACACCGGCUAAGAUGGGUCUUAUGGUGUCUAAGGCUCUCAGCCGGCUCUUUGGCAAGAAGGAGAUGCGCAUCCUGAUGGUCGGUCUGGACGCUGCUGGUAAGACAACCAUCCUCUACAAGCUGAAGCUGGGCGAAAUUGUGACGACCAUUCCCACCAUUGGGUUCAAUGUGGAGACCGUCGAGUACAAGAACAUUAGCUUCACUGUCUGGGAUGUCGGUGGCCAGGACAAGAUCCGCCCGCUCUGGAGGCACUACUUCCAGAACACGCAGGGCCUAAUCUUCGUAGUAGACAGCAACGAUCGGGACCGCAUUGGCGAGGCAAAGGACGAGCUGCACCGCAUGCUGAACGAGGAGGAGCUGCGGGACGCCGUGCUGCUGGUCUUCGCCAACAAGCAGGACCUUCCAAACGCGAUGAACGCUGCAGAGAUCACUGAGAAGCUUGGACUGCACGGCCUCCGCCAGCGCCACUGGUACAUCCAAAGCACGUGCGCCACCUCGGGCGAGGGCCUGUACGAGGGCCUGGACUGGCUCAGCCAAAACAUCUCCAGCAAGGCGUAAGGAACUGCUUAUGAGGAGCUUGGGUUCAGCAUUAAGGGUUGAAGUGCCUGGGGUGGGGGGAGAGGGGUUUGAGUGGGGUCAUAUUGGCCACUUCUUUCACGGAACAGGCCAGCAAUAUACAGUUGAUGAGCGAGCUCUCGUCAUGGGUGCACAGAUACGAGGCUACAGAGGCUUUGCCGUACGGCUCCGACCUUGCUGUACUGCUGUCAGCGCAUUGGUUUGCUUAACAUAGAUUUUUUAGGGAAGCGACGGCUUUCUCUGUAGAAUUGUAGGAAAUGACAUGACUACUGAAUGUCCACUUAUUGUUUCUUUUUAUAUGCGGUGGGGCUUUGUCCAUGCUUUUGCUGGGCAUCCCGGUGACAUCUUGCAUCCGCAGUGGUGUAUUGUGCGCUAAGGGUGCAAUAGGGGGGCACUAGCGGUGAUUGCUGCAUACGGCCCCGUGUAAAGGCUAACGUACAUG